CUUUAGCCAGAGACACAGUCUGAUAGCUCAUGAGAGAAUCCAUACUGGAGAAAAGCCACACAAGUGCUUACUGUGUGGAAAAAACUUCCGAAACAUCUCGGAUCUCAAAUCUCAUGAGAGGACUCACAAGGGAGAGAAACCCUACCGUUGCUCUCAUUGUGAUAAAAGUUUCCGGUGGAGUUCACACCUCCUGUUGCAUAAGAGGAUUCACACGGGAGAGAAACCCUACCUGUGUUCUGAUUGCGGGAGAACGUUUGACAGGAGGUCCAGCCUUCUGGUGCACGUGAGGAUCCACACAGGGCAGAGGCCCUACGUGUGUACGGAUUGUGGGAAAAGUUUCUUCUCCAGCUCGGUCCUUUUGCGGCAUCAGAAGGUCCACGUGGGAGAAGAUGUUGCAAGGUGGUUAGAGCACGGGAAAGGUUUCGGACAGCAUGGGGACCAGGCGGAAAAGGUCUCAAAGUGUCCUGAGUGCACCCAGGGACCGUCCCCGAGUUUGGAUCCUGAACAUGCGCAAAUGCCAUUGAAAGAAAAGAGAUUUGAAUGCCCGCUCUGCAGCAAAACGUUCAAAAACAGCUCUCACCUUAGGAUGCAUCAGAGUGUCCACACCAAAGUUCAACCAAGCCAGUGUCUGGACUGCGGGCGAAAU